AUGCUUUAUGGUAACGAUAAAUCUAAUCUGAAAGAUGUAAGAAUAGCAUGUAUGUGCCUUAUAAGUUUUGCUGGAUUUUUGAGGUAUUCAGAAUUAGCAAAUCUGACAAGAAAUAAAAUUGUUUUUCAUGAUUCGUACAUCAGUCUACUGAUAGAGAGUAGUAAAACUGAUAUUUACCGUGAGGGUAGAGAUGUACUCAUUUCAAAAACGGACAAAAUUACAUGUCCCGUUAAAAUGUUGAUGAAAUAUUUAGAUUUAGCAAACAUCAAGUCGGACAGUAAUGAUUUGAUUUUUCGUCCUUUAUCUUUUUGUAAAUCUGUAAAUGGUUACAAAUUAAGAAAUGAUAAGCUUUCUGAUACUACUGCAAGAGACAUUCUGUUAUCUACUUUAACAUCUAUUGGUUUAGACAAAAAGUAUUUUGGUUUGCAUAGUUUGAGGUCCGGAGACGCCACUGCUGCUGCAAAUGCGCAUGUGGAAGAUAGAAUCUUCAAAAAACAUGGUCGCUGGAAAUCAGACCGGGCUAAGAACGGAUAUGUCAAAGAGAACAUCAGUGAACGUCUAACAGUAACUAAAAAUUUAGGAAUUUAA